AUGGGCAUUACGUUUGAAGAAGAGGAAAACCCAUUCACUGUGCAGAUGCAAGAGCUGUUCAAAUGGUAUCAGCCUGAGCUCCCUCAUCCUCCUCCGGCGCCGAAGAGAGGCAACGCUUCAAGGCAAGGGCAGAAGAACUCCACUGUUUUCAUUUCUGCUGCUUUCAGAGCAGCAAAUAGACACCCUCUUGGUCAGCCCAAGCUUUUCCGUGCGAUUAGGGCGUCUCUGGGGCUUCGAGUGCUUGGAAACUUUCAGCCUUGGGAAUCUAAUUUGCUGCGCGACACGACCUACCUCAACCCUUCAUACGUGGCAAAGUUCUGGCUGAAUCGAUACUUUCGCCUCAGUCAACAGUUCGGGGAAAGCAAUCCCAAAAUAGAGGAAAAACACGCUUACAAGGGCAUGCCAAAGGCGGACGAGGUUAAAAGAAUGGCAGUCAUCCACGUUCGCCGUACCCCGAAAACCAAAGUUGGACGUGUCAUGAAUGAUGAGUUUCUGAAACACGUCUUGGAUUCUAUAGUCCAAGCCAACACGCUUUGCGCCACGCGCAAGCACAAGGCAGAGCCAAUCUCCCACAUCAUGCUUUACGGCGACUUUGACUACCGUGAGGGACUGGAAUUGAGAGACAGCAUUUUACGAGCGUCUGAGUCCUCGGACUCAACCACUGAAUUGUCAGAAUGGACAGCUUACAAUGGUUCAAUCCCCUCUACCAUUCAGUCGAAACGCCGCCAAAGGCAAUGGCAGCCCUCCAAGAAUUCUCAAACCAAAGGAUUGACUUGCAAAGACCUCAAUGUGUCAUUCCUGUGUCGUCCUUGGGAAGUAUAUCAGCAUACAGGGAAGGUCGAGAGCGCCUCGGAGGUCGAAGAAGAAGUCGAAGAAGUCGAAGAAGUCCAAAAGAAGGGCCAAAGUCUCCCGAAAAGGGCCACGAAAAGGCUCUUGAAAAAAAUUGAGAAGUCUUUCAAAAUAUCCCAUGGAAAGAGAAGCGACCCCAAAAAGGCUUGUAGGCAGCCUCAGAUGGAGCACGAUGAAGUCAUCGCGGAAAAGGUCGAGAGCCUCUGGCAAGACUUCCGCAGGCUUGAUUUGGUACGGCUUCCCGUGCAAGUUCAAAUACUGGGCAUAUGGACCGCUCUCUGCGAACGGUAUGGCGACAAAAUCUGCGUGAUCGGUCACCGCUCCGGCUUUGUAGAGGCCGCUGCAUUUACUGGAAUACCGACAUUUUAUCUCAAUGACGAUCGCAAAAAGCUGGAACGAGGUUCCAUUGAUCACAAGAGGCUCCUAGUUGACGCUAAGGCAGCCCAAAAUAAGAAAAGAUUGCGCGAGGCUUCGGACGCAAUGAACACGUUGAUCCCGGUGGAAAUGCUGGAGAAGCACAGAGUUGAAAAAAAGGACGGCGCCCAGGGCAAGCGGAAUAGCAAAGAAAAGGAUAACCAGUCCGGAGAACAGAGAAAUGAGAGGGGUCAACACAAAGAGAAGGAAAAGGGAAAACAGAAGACCCAGAAAAAGGAGAAGCAGUCGGGAGAGCAGAAAAGCAACGUGGGGCAGCAGGAUGAAGGCAGCGAGAGUGAAGCCGAAUCAGAAUUCGAGUUUCACGUGGAUAACUCGUACCGGCGGGAGCUCACAGCGGCAAUAUACAUAUACAUGUGCUGCAAAGUGGACUUGAAUACCAGCGAGGCCGUGCCAGUGUGGAGGCAGAGAGUGAAGCUGAUGCAUGACAAGGAGGUGGGAGUGAAAUGGUUGGCGGAAAAGCGGGACUUUGCCUACAAUCCGGACAUCGCCAAGUGGCAGGAUGCUCUCCCAGAUACAAUCAAGGGGCCCCAGGGCCUGUCAAACAACUGGAUGUCGAUAUUCGCGCUGCACGACGUGUGCUGGCCGACUGGCACGCCCGCUGGGAGGAGGAUGAUUGCCCACUCCGGGUCGUCUGGGUCCUCCUGGCCCAACGGGGUGGAUCUCCGGAUCGACGCGAGAUCUUCAGAGGAAUAUGCUUCCUACAGUGCCUGGGUGGGGAAGGCUGUGGUCCCAGGCACCACGAACGCGAACCCUGGUCUUGGUGCUCGCGAGGGAAAUCCUCCUACGAAUCGACUGACCCGAAAGAGGCCCGAGCCUCUUCGGCGCAUCGCCAGACUCAGGCAGGCGCGCUUCCAUGCCCCAUCCAUGCCCCAGAGCAACCGCUCGCAGGCCGCAAGCGCCUCAGACAGGUCCGUCUGGGUCCAUGAACGGACGCCGAUGGAGCCCCGUGUGGAAUCCCAGAAGUACUUCCCCGAGUCCCCAGUGCCACUUGGCAAGCGCAUUCCGCAGCACCUUCUCGAGGGAAACCCACCGCUCAUUCGCGGGGAACGGGCCUGGCGCUCAGUGCCAGACGGCCCUGCCAGUAUGAAUGUUAAGGAACAGGCCGCCGUCAAUGGACGAGCCGGCGUUGUUCUGCCCCUAGAGUAG